AUGGAAAUUGCUUUUAGUUUGCGGCGUAACAAGCUAAGGGUAUUGCUUGUAACGCAUUUUCUAGAAAGCACGUGGAACGAAAUUGCAUGGAAGCCACAGUACACCGCAGGUGAACAGUGGCUUCAGGUGGACUUGAACCAAGUUAAGAAGAUCAAGGCAAUAGCUACACAAGGUCUAUCACAUGAUGGCACGUCAUCAUACUGCCAGUCAUACACUGUGAGCUACAGCAAGAGUGGGGCUAUAUGGCAAGAGUACAAAGAAAAUGACGCAAUCAAGAUGUUUACAGGAAACGCAGACGCCACCAGUGUAGUAAAACACUCCAUCGCUACAUCUUUCGACGCUCGAUUUGUUCGCUUUUACGUCAAGUCUUGGUAUAAUGAGCCGGCGCUUAAAGUAGAGGUUUAUGGCAACCCUACCGCUACGAAUUACAUUGGUUGUUUCUCGGGAGGCACGUUCGACCCGUGUGGAGACUAUGCUUCAGAUUCUUUGACCCCCGAGAUCUGCACGACCUGUUGUGGCCGCGCUGGUUACCAGUACUCCGCCCUGAAGAAAGGUGAGCAGUGUUGGUGUUCUGACGCGGUAGCCGUGAACAGCGAAGUCGGAGACCCAUGGUGCGACGAACCAUGCACAGGAAACAUAGUGCUACGUUGUGGCGGACUAGAAGCUUACAGCGUAUACGCAGCUUUGGGAACGUAUAAUUUUUCUUUCGAAUUAACUAUGCCAACGAACAUUUCCGUGUAUGAGAGAUUAACUGCCGAGAUUUCCAGCUACCCAGGCGCUUUAAACACGCUCGACUUUGGCGAGGACGCUGUAUUCACCACAGGGAACACGUCGGUGUCGUAUCUUUAUCACUCAGACGGACAACAUAUUGUGUAUGGUCAUGCCUUGUUAGGAGAAUACGGUGAAGCGCAAGUGAAGUCAGCUUUAUUGGCUGUGGAUGUAUAUUCUCCUGUGGAGCAUUUUGAGCUUAAUUGUCCACCAGCCGUGGAAGCAAAUCAAGAAUUCUGCUGUCCUGUCUCGGUGUACCAAGGAUCGAACAUGUACCUGGAAGCGAAAUUCACCGGUGGCAGUGAGAUGUCGACACCUCUGGACGACGCUCGUUCUUUCCUUGUUGGGGAGCUGUUCUCGAUUCCAGCCGUAAGUGUGCCGAGUCAAAGCACCAACAAAACAGUGCUGAUCCCCAGUUCUAGGUUCGAGGAUGAUGGCAAGCUUAUGGGCUGGAGACUUUGUUCUGUUACUAGUGGGUUUGUCACCCUCCAGGUAUGCUCAGUCACACUUGAACUGUAAGGUAGACUUUCGCCUUUCGUAAUUGAUGCAAUACAGUAAUCAAGAGAGACAGUGCUUCAUAACAAUUUGAAA